CCCGGUUGUCGUACGCUUAACGUGUUGUGGCUGAUUUGUGUUAGAAUAUCGAAUUAUUCUUCUGUCUCUACGCACAUUAUUGGGGUGACCCUCCCCAGUGCAACUCUUCGCAUUCCAGGCUGCUUGGGUUCUUUACCUGCCUACCGGGCAUUUGGAGAGCUUUGCAGUGUCUGCGACGUUACGCAGAUACUAGGAACGCCUUUCCGCAUUUGCUGAACUUUGGCAAAUACACGUUCACCAUUCUAUACUAUGUCACUCUGAGCUUGUACCGCAUCGAUAAAGCGGAACGCUUCCAGGCUACGUUCAUCACCUUUGCGCUGCUCAACGCCGUGUAUGUGUCAGUUUGGGACCUUGUCAUGGACUGGAGUUUGGGGAACGCCUACGCCAAGCGCCCGUUGCUGCGCGAUGUCCUGGCGUUCCGUCAAGCAUGGGUAUACUAUGUUGCGAUGGUCAUCGACGUCAUUGUGCGAUUCAACUGGAUUUUCUAUGCUAUCUUUACAAGAGAUAUGCAGCACUCCGCGUUGCUCAGCUUUUUCGUUGCGCUGUCAGAAGUCUGCCGACGAGGUAUCUGGACGAUCUUCCGUGUGGAGAAUGAGCACUGCACCAAUGUCCUGCUGUUCCGGGCGUCCAGGGAUGUGCCUCUGCCAUACCAGGUCUCCCUCCCGCCCGCGCAGGUUGACCAACAAGCAGAUGGUGUGCCCCUGGAAGAGCAGCAACCGCAAGCACACGAUGUGGAGCACGGCACCCCGUCCACUCCAGGCAUGUCGGUCCGCAAUCGCGGCCUCUCCCGUGUCGGCUCGUUGCUGGCUUCGGCGCAUGCACAGGACUUUCAGCGGAAGAAGCGUCCGGGCCAAGAUCCAGGCGCUCAGCCACUCCGUGGCUCAGAGGAUACCCCGGAUGACUCCACUGACGAUGAAUACCACGACGGCAGAGCGUCUUUGGAUGAUGAUGUGAUAAUGGAAGAGCUUCCGUUCCACGAGGAGCGAAACUAGAGGGGAAGCAGACGGUGACUAAUGGGUGACAACUUGCUUUACGAUUUCUUUUUGAUGGCAUAUAUAUACUUAUUACGAUAGAUAUGAUACAUACUAACAUAAUAGAGGCAUAUGAUUGGAGUUAAUGGAGCAUUAUGGGAAUACUUGGAGCCUAAAAGCUUCUUCCGUAUCCAAGCACUCACAUGACAU